UUCCUAAAGUGAAAGCUACCUAAUAGAGAACAGACGGAUAGACGCUAGAGGAGUGCCUAACUAGCCAGUCCGAGCGAAAGAAGUCACCGCCGCCACAUCCUAUCCAGGCUGGGUAGAUUUCUCACAUAGGCGCACGAUGAGUGCUGACAGAUUCAUCUAGGUUCCCAAGUUGGGGCAAUUUGUUGGGGCAUCACGUGGCCCCCUCGUGGCGGUGCCCAGGUGGCUGCAGCGCAUCCAGCCACAACGCCACUCGAUUGCCUUCCAGAUCUGACUUCACCAUUUCCCCGCAAAGACGGAGCUCAACUCCUCCCAUGCCUCUCCUUGCUGUUCAGCUAUCUCACUCCUUCCAGAAUCAAUAAGGAUCAUGACACAGGACGACCAACAUUUUCUUGACAUUCUUGCAGAGUACUCCAAGGAUAUACGGAAGUUCACUGGGGACAUAUUCGAUGAAACCGACCGACACUUUGCCUCGGUAGCGGCCUUCAUCAAGAGAACUGUACCUCCAGGAUGGCUACCUGAGUAUGCACGACCUCCGCCUCCUCCCCCCGCCUCGCUCUCGGUCGCAUACCUGGAUCGCAUCCAAUCAUGGGUUUCUCGGAAUCGUGCGCUCACGGCAGCGCUGGUGGCAUUCUUCGGAACAGGCGGGUUCUUAUUGUGGGUUGAGAGCAGGAAGCACAAAAAAAAGAGAAGGGCGCGUCGAGCAAGCAAUGGCGCCAGGAGGGAGGUCGUUGUCAUCGCAGGGUCACCAGGUUCUCCGAUCGUAAAGUCGCUCUCCCUGGACCUGGAACGGAGGGGUUUCAUUGUAUACAUUGUUUGCACAGACAUGGAAGAAGAGCAACAAGUACAAGGAGAAUCAAGAGCAGACGUUCGACCGCUGCACGUUGAUGUAGUGGACCCCCAAGGGACUCGCGAAGCAAUGGAUAAGUUUGCGAACUCGCUCAGAAGGCCGCAAGCGGCGUUCUCGGGAGCUUCGCUUCACAAUCUUAGUUUCAGCGCACUUAUCCUGGUUCCUGACCUUAUUUAUCCCUCCGGCCCGGUCGAAACCAUCUCGCCGGAGCUAUGGUCGGAUGCGCUGAAUGCUAAGGUGCUCAAAACGAUUACCCUAACACAGGCAUUCCUACCAACGGUAUGCAGCCUCAAGGCCCGCGUCUUGAUGAUGACACCGAGCAUCGUGUCCUCACUCCGGCCUCCCUUCCACAGCGUCGAGACGACCGUUGUUAGCGCCUUGGAGGGGUUCACAGCAUCGUUGCGAGGGGAACUGGGCACACUUGGCAUUGAUGUAUGCCAGUUCAAACUUGGAACAUUCGACUACAGUCAUGUUGGCGCAAAGCAGCAUCUGCAGUUCUUGGGUUCUCCAGAUACGGAACCAUGGCCGCCGGCGGCGCGACAGUCGUACGCCUCCAACUUUGUCAACCAAAGCCGUAUUGCGCGCGAUCGGGGGCUGUUCAGCCAGAAUGGGAACACAGGUAGCUCAUUGCGUGAGCUGCACGUCUCUGUGUUCGACGCCAUUACACAAAAACGCCCGCGCCGUGUCUGGCACGUUGGCAGAGGCAGCCUCACCUACGACCUUGUCGGCAAAUGGGUGCCAGCCGGGCUGGUAGGCAGGAUGCUAGGAGUUCGAAGGGUGUCGUUAGACGAAACAGCAGAACCGCAGCAUGAAGACAGCGUGCAGUCGUGGGAAAAGAUCGAAGCGGUCGUCUCAGGGUAGUAAUAAUGGGCGGCGGGGUGAUUUCUGAGCCUGUUGUGUGCCUGGGACGGAGAGUGUCGCAGGGCCAGGGCCAGGAUAGAUGCGACUUCGGGAUUCUCGACUCAGGCUCUGACUCUCGUGUCUGCACCACCUUGCCGGUUAGGAAGAAUCAAUACUGUGUGCGGCGGGGAGGUACUGCACGCCUGCAGAGGUAACAUAUGUUAUAUUUUCGCGCUCGGUAGGAAUAAGAGGGCCGCCGGGCGAGGAUGAACAUUUCAAAUUGGGGGAUCGCUCGAAGAUCGAUCUGAGGAUUCCAGACGCCGGAUCAUCAUUUGGCGCCAUUUGUAAGAAUAGCCUUAGUUCGCUCCCUUGGCAGGCGUUCCUCUAGAACGGGGAAAGGCCUGGCCAUGCAUAAUAUGGGGGUUAUUAUUAUUUUGGCGCUGCUGAACUUAUUUAAGGAAUUUAAGGACAGGACCUUAACAU